AUGGGAGACUCUGAGGUUAGAUUCACUGGAAUCUACGGCGAACCGCGGACUGAGCUAAGACAGAAGACGUGGGAUGCUCUGCGCUAUCUCCGUCGACAAGACAACCUUCCUUGGCUCUGUGCAGGCGAUUUCAAUGAAAUUGUUCGACAGGAGGAGCAAAUGGGAGGAAAUAGGAGGGGUGCUGCGCAGAUGGAGCGGUUUAGGGAUUGCCUGUCCGACUGUGGGUUGGCUGAUCUGGGCUUUUCGGGGUACGCCUUUAUAUGGAAUAACCGGCGGGAUGGAGGGGAAAAUGUGCAGGCAAGAUUGGACCGGGCUACUUGCACAAACAGCUUUGCUCAUCUUUUCCCUGCAACCUCGGUGGAGCAUGUGAUAACUGAAGAAUCGGAUCAUUUAGCGCUGCUCAUUAAAGUGAUGGACACAGUCCCUGCCCGACGACCACCAAACCCACUGGGGUUUAGGUUUGAAGAAAUGUGGACACGUCAUGAGGGAUAUACAUCCAUGGUGGAACGGGCGUGGGAGGAGGAGGAUUGGGGGGACAGAGGGUUGGGAGGCUGCUGGAACAGACUAAAGCGUGUCUCAGGUAGCAUAAAAUCUUGGAGCCGAAAUGUCUUUGGGUCGGUUCAGAGAGAGAUUAAGAGACUCAAGGAGAGGCUGGCUGAGAUCGCCUCAAAGGUCAUGACCAAUAGGUUAAAGAUUAUUCUUCCUUUCAUGAUUGCCGAGGAGCAAAGUGCCUUUGUUCCAGGGAGGCUUAUUACAGAUAAUGUUUUCAUAGCCUAUGAGUGUGUUCACUCCAUCAGAACAAGGAGGAAGAAGAAACCGUUAUGUGCGGUGAAGCUUGAUAUGAUGAAGGCGUAUGAUAGGGUGGAAUGGAUUUUUCUUGAGCACAUUCUUCUUAAGAUGGGGUUUGCACGUGCCUGGGUGGAUAUGGUAUUGAGAUGUUUAAGUUCUGUUAGAUUCUCUGUCCGGAUGAAUGGGGCUUUGUCUGAGCCUUUUAUUCCAUCGAGGGGUCUAAGACAGGGAGAUCCUCUCUCUCCAUAUCUGUUUCUUUUCUGUGUGGAGGGUUUUUCUACGUUGCUCAAGAAGGCACAGGAGGAUAAUAUGCUGAAGGGCGUUCAAUUUGGUACGGAUGGUCCUCACAUUACCCAUCUUCUUUUCGCUGAUGACAGCAUUGUUUUUCUUGAAGCGUCGUUGGAAAGCUUGCCUGCAUUGAAGAGAGUCCUAGAGGACUAUGAGUCGGCCUCAGGCCAAAAGGUUAAUCUUCAAAAAUCGUCAAUAUUCUUUGGAGAUGGGUGUGAUCCUGACACAAAGGAUAUGGCAAAACAAGUCCUGACAGUUGAUACGGAAGCUCUCAGUGAGAGGUAUUUGGGGCUCCCAACAGUAGUAGGACGGUCAAAAGAGGGCUGUUUUCAGUAUAUCAAUGAGAGGUCAGGGAUGAAGGUCUCUGGAUGGAAGGGGCAAGGUCUGUCAAAGAAAGGCAAGGAGAUUUUGGUGAAGUCGGUCCUACAAGCUACUCCAGCCUACCCCAUGAGCUGUUUCAAAUUCAAUAAAACUCAGUGUACAAAGUUGGGCUCUAUUUCAUCCAACUUCUGGUGGGGAGACGCAGAUGGAUCACGCAAGGUGCAUUGGAUCUCGUGGGACAAAAUGUGUCAGCCAAAAUGCGUGGGCGGCAUGGGUUUUAGAAAUUUUGAAGCUUUCAAUUUGGCGCUGCUUGCGAAACAGGCGUGGAGGAUUCUCACAGUCCCAACGUCGCUGUGUGCGCAGGUCCUCAAGGCUCGAUAUUUCAAACAUUCGGAUCUCCUUCAUGCAGGCUGUCCUGGGCGAGGUUCUUUCACGUGGCGUAGUAUCCUGCACGGCCGGGAUCUGCUCAAGAGGGGAUUAAUCUGGCGCAUAGGUGACGGCUCACAGGUGGAUGUAUGGCAAAGCAAUUGGAUUCCAAGAGCUGGGUCGCAGCGGCCACUGGGUCGUAGACCGGACAGCUCAGCGAAUAUGGUGAGGAAAGUGAUGGAUCUGCUGAACCUGGAGGGUACUGGGUGGGAUGAAGCAAGGCUGAACCAGGUCUUUUUUGAGUUUGACGUGGCCGAUAUCAAAAAUACUAUUAUUGGCGGCCCAAUGAAACAAGACGUGCCUGCGUGGAACUUCACCAAAAACGGGUUGUUCUCGGUUAAGUCUGCCUAUCCUUUGCAGAUGCAGAUCAUGGGAGAGAAAAAGGGGCGAAUUGAGAGCUCAUCGACAGUCGAAGCUCAUAGAGGAUGGCUCAAGCUAUGGGGCGCCAACAUCCCUGGUAAAGUGAAGGUGCAUGUUUGGAGGCUGAUGAAGAAUGGGCUGGCGUUGGGGGCGGAGUUGCAAAGAAGACGGAUAAAAGGAGGAAUAUUAUGUGUGGCAUGUGGGCGGGAAGAGACAGCUCUUCACCGCUUCUGUCAUUGCAACCAUACGCAACAAAUCUGGCUUCAUACUCGGCUUCUUGCUGGUGCCAUGGAUGCCUCCCCUCCAAAAGAUGUCCAUAACCAUCGUGAUCUCAUGCAUUGGAUGCUGGAGUGGUUAGCGUCGGUGAAGGAUUCAGAGAUGGAUAUUACGCUUAUGAUCCUGUACCAUGCAUGGCUGGCUAGGAAUCAAGCUCGUGAUGGUAAGAGAAUUGAUGAUCCGGAGAUCAUUGUGAAACGGGCGAUAUACCUGUUGGAGGAAUGGCAUAAUGUGCAGGUGCCAAAGCCCAUAAAGGUCACGGUGCCUAAGGAGCGCUGGUUUCCACCAGAGUCUGGGUGGAUAAAGGUCAAUUCAGAUGGAGCUUGGAACAAAGCAUCAGAGAAGGGCGGUGGAGGUGUGGUUGUUCGCGACCACGAUGGACGCUUCUUGGCGGGAGAAUGCCAUUUUUUCCCCUCCUUGCCUGACCCUGAAGCGGCGGAGAUCCAAGCUUGCAAGAGAGCAUGGUGUUGGUCAAGCGACUGA